AUGGACGUUCUAAAAACUUUUUUAGAAUCUUGUAUUCAAGAAGUAUCAUUGAAUGAGAGAUGUGGAAGUAGUUUGAAAGCUAAAUCAUGGGAUAGAAUUAAAGAUGUCUUGGCGACUGCACAUAACUUUGUAGCUACACAAAAGAAGAUGAAGAACCAAUAUGAUUAUAUAAAAGAAAAAUAUCAAGCUUGGUUGCCACUAACUAAAAAGACCGGUAAUAUUUAUGAUCCAACAACCAACACCAUUCAAAUGUCCAAUAGUGAGUGGGAAGAAUAUAUAAAGGUAUUAAAGAGAUCACCACUAGCCUUUCCAGAACUUUGUACAACACUCUUUGAGAGUGCUACUGCAACAGGCGUUUAUGGUUGGAGUUCAAGUUGUACAAUUCCGCAACCUGGUGCCUCUUCUGCAUCUACUAAUAUAAAUCUGGAUAAUUUACAAGAUCUAGUUGAUGAAAAAAAUGAAGAAGCUUUUCAAGAUUUUCCAUCUCAAUCUUCAAUUCCAAUUGAAAAAAAGAAUUUGGGAAAGAAAAGGAAAAAAACAUCAUCCCGAUUGGAAAUUGAUGAGAAAAUAAGUACCGCAUUAGAAUUAUUAAUGUGGCAAUCCUGUCCUCUGUGGUGA